UGCGCAGAUGCUUGAGUACAGUGAGCUGCCAACCAGGACUCCUCUCCAAGUCUGCGUAUUCCAUAUAUUGAUCACACUACCCCCUAUUUGAGAGACAAAUAUCAUGAGGUUCUCAAUCUUCGUCGCCAGUAUCAUUGCUAGGUACGUAGCUUCCACGCCCGACAAUGACUCGCGCUAUCAGCAGAUGGCUAACGAAUCGAACAGCGCGUCUUCUGUCACCGGCCAGAUUGAGCUGACAGGUGAGCAGAGGAUAUGUGAGUGUCGCAUCACGGCUUCUGGAUCAAGCCCAUCGGUCGUCUUUUCCAGUAUUUCAUGUGCUGCAGUAGGCGGAAGGGAGUGUUUCAGCGAGAUAGGAAACUCCAUCUCGGUUCGUUUUUCCAUCAUUCAUGCUUUAGUCCUUCUACAGAACUCUCUUUCAUGCCGCAGACAUUGGCAAUUGGAAGGAAAAAGCGUUUACUAGGAACUGUGGCUAGUGUGUUACGAGCGGAGCCGCUCGGACGGAUGAACAAUGUCGUGAAUGGGGCGGUAAUCCCGUUGACAAUCGCGUUUACAGAGCUGUCUGUAGAACUUACAAUGGAGGCAG